AUCUUAGCCGGUGGACAAGGAGACAGCCGCAGGCUGCUGGGUCGGGGCUGUGAGAUGGUAGGGUGCAGGUCUGGGCUGCUCCAACCCUCGAGUUUGUCCGACGAAGGCUGAAGUGGGCUGUGUGGUGGCGGUGGUUGCAGAUUUUUCCACUCUUCCAAAAAAAAAAAAUUUUUUUUAAUGCAUUGAUUUCUUAAACUCUCAGGACAGGAUCAGCCCCUGGGGAAAGUUGUUGUGAUUUGUCUGUUUGCUCUUUUGGACUUCUCUCCUUACCUUACCAAGCCAGUUUUGGGUGCCUGUUGGAGCUAAUGGAGCUAACCUGUGGCGGGCUGGGAGCGGGCGCAGGACGGCGGGGUUAGAUCUAAGAUCCCGACUUAGUCCUAACCCUGCAGGGCUGUGGGAGAGAGUCGCCAGGAAUCUUCUGCCUGACUGGACAAGGGCGAUCAGUCUCCCAAGCGCACUAAUGCGGGACAGGCGCCGCCACCGCGUGGAGGCGCACGGAGAGGGUCUUACAUAAGCCAGGGGUAUCUUUGAGCUUCCUCAGCGACUGGCUCUUACGACCCCUUUCAGAUUUCUUUCCACCCCUUACUGUUUCCACUCGGUUAUUGUGUUUUUCUGUGUGAACCCAAUCUGCAAUGCCCAAGAGGAGGACCCCCUACCACCUGGUGGCUGCGGCAGCGCCCCUGUUCCCCACCUAACUGGUACUGCUACUAGUCCUUGAGCUCAAUGCAGAAAGGUGACGUCAGCCCUUCAGCCCAGGCCCGCGAAGGGCUGCGUGGUGCACCUCGCUGAGGGAUGCGCCCUUCUGUGCGCAGGAGGAGGGAAAAGGGGAGGAGGGGGCUCUGGGCUUAUGCCUUACCUCAUCCUGUUUGGCAAUUCAUGGAAUCAGUGCAGGGUUGACACUGCAGUGAUUUCAUUUGCAGAGGUGGGUGGUACCUAAAGACCAUUUCCAGUUCUUUCUCUCUUCACAUAGAUGCCCACCCUAGUUCCCUCUUCCCACCUCAAGUCACAGCCACCCUGCAAAGGAAUGAAUACCUGCCACCACCACCCUGGCCCCCCGCAACACCAUGAUCUGGGUCAUUCCAGCUCCCAAAGCAGUCAUUUUGAAACCUGAAUCCCUGUUUAAAAAGAUAGACAGACAGACAGACAGACAGACAGACAGAUAGAGAAAGAAAGAAAAAAGAACCAGGCUUGCCUUUGGUUGGUUUUUUUUUUCUUGCCCUUCCUACCCCAAUAUUAACCCUGUUUUUGCUUCAGAAGUGGAGCACAGUAUUGAAUGAUGUACCUAUAUCAGGAUUGAUGGUAAACUGGAUUGUUUGCAGUAGCCAAGGCAGGAGCUGAGAUUUAUUACAGAUUUAAAACAAAAUCCCUAAUGUUUCUAGGCUUUUCCUUGCCACUGACAUUGGUGAUCCUUCGGGUCUGGAAAACCAUGGAGUGUGGCAACAGAACAGACCAGGGGCUCUGCAGUGAGAUAGAGUAGCAAGACCAAAACAGCCCAUCACAUAAGCCAAACAUAGAAGCUGAGUCUUUCUGGAAUGGAAAUGACACAGGUUGAAUCAUCUCAGGAAUGGAACUGUGUGCUAGCUAUACAUUCAAGGAUCUUAGCUUAUGUUUGCCUGGAAAAAGCAGCAAUACUUGGUGGUGAUGGUCCAACUUCAAAGAAGCCAUUGCUGGGCACUGGUUUUGCUCUUUAUAUAUCCCUUUAAGUCUGCUUUUGUUUUGCCCUUUGUUAUAUACUUCCUAUUUGUUAACUGGAGUAAAUCUAUGGGUGGUUAUCUUAGGCUCCUGAAAAAGAAGGUUUAUGGUGCAGGAGAAAGAAGGAAUGCUGGUUUUGGAGCAUUUCUGAAGCCUGGUAAAGGAGGAGGCAUUUCAGGCUUCGGCUUUUCAUAUGGAUUAUUUAACUCUUUUUGUCUCACCCCAUCCCCAUCCAAUGACUCAGUGCCUCCUAAAACAUCUGAAAUGGUCAAUGUGUUGUCUGCCCCUGCAAGUUGCUCAUGAUGGCGUUUUCAUUUAUUUUUUUAAACUUUCAAGAUUUUCAUAUUCUUAAAUAUUUACCCAGAGUAUUUUCACCUGUUAAAAUAGGAUUCAAGGAUCAUUUCAGAUUUUACAAUCAAAAGAAUAAGAUCUCUCCAGAAAAUAGGACACUUCAAAGAUGUUUUUCUUAAUAAGCCGUAGUCCAAAUGCUGUUUUUUUAACUGUACCUUAAGUGCUAUUUUGUACAACGCAGCUUUACUGAGGCGUACUUCAUAUGAUAUAUGUCACCCAUUUAAAGCAUGGUAUAUGCAUACAUGCUUAACAUAUAGAUAAUUUGCAUUUUAGGUAUUUGUUAUCUUUUUUGUGUAUUCACAAAUACAGCCAUUUACUACAGACCAUUUUCAAUUGUUUCAUCAUCUCUGAAAAGAAACCCUGUCCUGUCCCUUUCCUUCCCAUUUUCCCUCCCACUUGUUUCUCUCCUGGAGCCAGUCCUAGGCAAUCAUGAAUCUACUUUCAGUUGCUAUAGAUUUUACUGUUGUGAACAUCUCAUACACUUGAGGUCAUGUAUUUGCCCCUUUUGACUGGUUGGUUUCAGUUAGCAUGACACAUUCACGAUUCAUGCAUGUUGUUAGUCUGUGUGAGUACUUCGUUCAGUUGUAUGGCCAAAUAGAAUACCUUUUUGUGAAGAUACUGUGUUUUAUUUCUCCUUUUUCCAUUGGUGGAUAUUUGGGUUGAUGGGGGCUCUUGACUGUUAUGGAUGGUGAGGUUCUGAUUUAUGUGCCAUUUGUGUGUGUGCCUAUAUUUUCAUUGUUUUUGGCUAUGUAUUUGGGGAUCUGUAUGGAAUCAUAUAGCUCUAUGAUUAAUUGUUUGAAGAAUGGCCAUACUAGUCUUUCAGGGCAAGUGUUCCAUUUUAUAGUCCUUUCAACAGCGAGGAUUCCAGUUUCUCCAUGUGCUUGCCAGAAUUUGUCACUAUCUGGCUAUUUAAUGUAGCCAUCCUGGUUCCUGUGCAUUUAGAUAUCUUACUGUGUGAUUCUGCUUUGAAUUUCCUUAAUGAAUGCUAAUGUUGAAUAUUUUAUAGUGCUUAAUGGUUGUUGGUCAUCUCUUGAAAAGAUAUAUAUUCAUAUUCUUUGACCAUCUUAUUUAUCUAUUAUUACAUUAUUAAUUUCUUUUAUAUUCCAGGUAUAAAAUCCUAUCAAUAUGAAGUUUUUGCAAACAGUUUUUUUUCCAUUUUUUGGGUUCCCUUCCCCUUAGCUGUUUUUUGAACUGUGAAAAUUACAUAUAUAUGUGUGUGUGUGUAUAUGAGUAUACACAUAUAUGUACAAAUGUAUAUGUAUUAUAUAUGUAUAUGAAGUGCAAAUGGAUUGGCUUUUUGUUUGUUGCAUUGUUCAUGCUUUUGAUAUCACAUGAAGGAAUCCUUUGCCAAAGAUCACAAGAAUAACCUGUUAAAAACUGUUUAUAAGUGUUAUUCCUGAAUUGGGUAAAUAUAAUUGAUAUAUGACUAUUUCUUGAAUACCUAGCACUAUGUCUGACACAUGGUAAGUACUCCACUUGUUUUUUACAUUUCUGGACUUAUGCCAUGUAAUAGAAGAAAAGGAUGAGCUUGCACUCUUUUAAAAGUAAUGCAGAGACAUGAUUAGUCAGAGUAAUUUCCAUUGUGUUUUCUGUGAGUUGUUUUAAUUUUACUUCUUUCACUUCAGUUUAGGCCGAGGAGUAGAAGGUGCUUCAUGUUAAAAUGAUGGUAGGUUAGUAACAUCAAGAAGUAUUGGCCUGUACCAAAGCAAACAGAUUGUUGUUUUUAUCUGUAUUCUUAGGUUUACAGUCAUCCCCUUUGACUGCUAUAUUUCGAUAAAGCUAUGAUUCUCAACAGGGGACAAUUCUUCCAUGUUUGGCCAUGCCUAAAGCCCUUUUUGGUUCCAUCUAGAGUGGGUUCCACUGGCAUUUAGUAGGUAGAGACCACAGGUGUUGCUAAGCAGCCACCUGAUGACUCCUUGCAGUGGUUGAGCUCUGCCCAGUAUCUGGCUCAAAAGAUUAAUAGUACUGGUGACCUUUAUCCUAUCGAGAUUGAGCAGUAAUGAAUGCUAUGAAGGAAAGAAGAGUGUGAUGGGAAAUUUACUGUUUCACCAUAUCACAGACAGCAUGUUCAACACAACCACUUUUAAGAAGAAAAAAAAAUAUCCUCAAUGGUGUGCCAUGCUGGUUUAUUUGAAGAUUAAAGAUCACUGGGGUGAUCCUGUUGGCCGUUGGAGUCUGGGGAAAGCUGACUUUGGGAACCUAUAUCUCCCUGAUUGCUGAGAACUCCACAAAUGCUCCCUAUGUGCUCAUUGGAACCGGCACCACCAUCGUGGUUUUUGGCCUCUUUGGAUGCUUUGCUACAUGCCGUGGUAGUCCAUGGAUGCUGAAACUGUAUGCCAUGUUCCUGUCCCUGGUGUUCCUGGCUGAGCUUGUUGCUGGCAUUUCUGGAUUUGUGUUUCGUCAUGAGAUCAAGGACACCUUCCUGAGGACUUACACGGAUGCCAUGCAGAACUACAAUGGCAAUGAUGAGAGGAGCCGGGCUGUGGACCAUGUGCAGCGCAGCCUGAGCUGCUGUGGCGUGCAGAACUACACCAACUGGAGCAGCAGCCCCUACUUCCUGGACCAUGGCAUCCCCCCCAGUUGCUGCAUGAACGAAACUGACUGCAAUCCCCUGGAUCUGCACAAUCUGACUGUGGCCGCCACCAAAGUUAAUCAGAAGGGCUGUUAUGAUCUGGUGACCAGUUUUAUGGAGACUAACAUGGGGAUCAUUGCUGGAGUGGCAUUUGGAAUUGCGUUCUCCCAGUUGAUUGGCAUGCUGCUGGCUUGCUGUCUGUCCCGGUUCAUCACUGCCAAUCAGUAUGAGAUGGUGUAAAGAGAAGUCUUUCAAGAACUUUGGAAUAAGAGGCCUGUUUUUAAAAAGGAACUGCCGCAAUCUCUGAAAGACUUCCAAAGAACGUUAGAGCACAGUACAUACUAUCCCUGCCCUGCUCCCACCCCCAGCUCCCUGCAGCCCCUCCCCCUACGUGCAACUGACACUCCUACCCAGUCAAAGCUCUGCCUUUCAGCCCACGUCAUACGUAGUGUCCAUCUUGUGAAGCCCUGUUGUGCCCCACAGUGUAGCCAGGCCCCCUGCAGCUAGUCAUAGUGAAGCCCACCCUAAGGCCCUGUGAGCGCCAGCUCCCUCACAUGUACUUGGUCCAACUGUAGGUGACUGGUUAUCACAUCUUCACUGGCCCCUGUGGCCCUGCAUGUAGUAGGGGAGGCUUCAGUCAGCCCCUCACUGUGGUCCAAGAAUGCCACACACCUUUCCGUAGAUAUGCCGAUGGUAAUUAUCUUUUCUUUUGGCUUAAUCCGAUUUGGUUUGGUUUUUCCCUUUCCCUGGAUUCUUUCCUACCUUCUUCAGGCUGUCAAGCACGGGAGAGGAGACACAGUGGGAGGGAUUCAUAAGGAGAAAACAGCGUCUGGCAGGCAUGGCAGAAAGUGCUGUUAAGCAUUAGCUGGCUUCCUUGUUCAUUGUUCCAAGAGAUGGGUGUGGAGAGACGGCUUAGUGUAGGAUCCUCUCGAAUGAAGCCUGUGUAAUCCUGUUACAGGUUGUGUUGUUACUUCCCUGAUUUGCCCCAACUACUUACUAUUAUUUCGCUUUCGUUUUCCUGUAUUUUUUUCUUGCAUUGACAUUAUUGACGUUGAGGACCUCAUCAGAUCAAUUUAAAAGUGAGUGUGGAAGGGAAACGAAAGUCAACAUAUUUUUAAAAGAUCUUAAAAAUAAUGCCUCUGUCUAGCAUGCCAACAAGAAUGCAUUGAUAUUGUGAACAUUUGUGAUACAUGUAUUAAUAAAUAGAGCAAUUAAAAAUGGC